UUUUUGAGCCUUAAUCCACAUAGUAGCAGUUGACAACACCGGGCCGAUACAUCGGUGCAUUACAAGUUAAUUGAUUUACCGUCAUAGUUUAUAUAUAGUCGUAUGAAGUGUUCUGAUGUUAGACUCUACUACUGUAUUUAAUAUACAGCAUAGAUAAAGCGCACAUUCUCGAUCUUGUAUUUCUAAAUUCGGCUCAAAUAUUCCGUAUACAGAUUGUAAUCGUUUUGGCCCCUUGACUUUAUUUUGAAAAUUAGGUAUAUACUUCCGGUUAGUGUUGUCUGUAUGCAGUAACUUCCCCGGACUGACGGCAGCCAGACUGGCGCCGCUAGCUUGCUAAAAAGAGGCAAGCGCACAACUACUUCACCUUAUUUUUUAUCCAAGAAUAAAUAGUUUCGGGUUUUUCUAAACUUUUUUUUCUAAACUAACAAUUAUUGCUUUAUCGUGUUAUUUGGUCGUUGCCGAGCUAGCGCUACAAUUGUCCUGCUAAAACAUCGUUAAAACGUUACGAUCUUGUCACCUCUACGAUAUACACUAAAGCUGAACUGUGAAGAUUGUCAUCGCUCUGGCUUCCUGAUUAAGUGAAACUGCAUCAAAGAUCAACACAUAUUUCUCAGAAGUCAAGAUGUCCAUCACCAACACACCUACCAGCAAUGAUGCCUGUCUGAGCAUCGUGCACAGCCUGAUGUGUCACAGACAGGGUGGUGAGAGUGAGACGUUUGCCAAACGGGCCAUUGAGAGCCUGGUGAAAAAGCUGAAGGAGAAAAAAGAUGAGCUCGACUCCCUCAUCACAGCUAUCACCACCAAUGGAGCCCAUCCCAGCAAGUGUGUGACCAUUCAGAGGACACUGGAUGGACGGCUGCAGGUGGCUGGACGUAAAGGGUUCCCUCAUGUGAUCUACGCUCGGCUGUGGCGGUGGCCUGACCUGCAUAAGAAUGAACUGAAGCACGUCAAAUACUGCCAGUUUGCCUUUGACCUAAAGUGUGACAAUGUGUGUGUCAACCCCUAUCACUAUGAGAGAGUGGUGUCUCCUGGCAUAGACUUAUCAGGACUGACACUGACCAGUUCUGGGCCCAGCUCUGCACUGAUGGUAAAGGAUGAGUACGAUUUUGAUGCACCACAGAGUCUGCCUUCCAUUGACGGAGGGCACUCCAUCCAGACCAUCCAGCACCCCCCAUCCGCCGGCCGCCCGGCCCCCUCUGAAUCAUUUGCAGCCCCAAACCUGCUCCCACCUGCUGAGGCAUCCACCUCUGCGUCAACAUCAUCCUUCCCUGCCAUUUCAGCUGGAUCAGGCAGUGCCAGCUCAACCUGGUCAAGGAACAGCAGCUUCACCCCCAACAUACCCCACCACACCAACGGCCAUCUACAGCACCACCCUCCUAUGCCACAUCCGACACACUACUGGUCGGUGCAUAAUGAGCUCGCCUUCCAGCCUCCUAUAUCCAAUCAUCCAGCCCCUGACUACUGGUGCUCCAUUGCCUAUUUUGAGAUGGACGUACAAGUCGGGGAGACGUUUAAGGUUCCCUCUUCUUGCCCCAUUGUGACAGUGGACGGCUAUGUCGACCCCUCAGGGGGAGACCGGUUCUGUUUGGGCCAGCUCAGCAAUGUACACCGCACUGAGGCUAUUGAGAGAGCAAGGCUUCACAUUGGCAAAGGGGUUCAGCUGGAGUGUAAGGGUGAGGGAGAUGUGUGGGUGCGAUGCCUCAGUGACCACGCCGUGUUUGUUCAGAGUUACUACCUGGACAGAGAGGCAGGCCGAGCCCCAGGAGACGCUGUUCACAAGAUCUACCCCAGCGCUUACAUCAAGGUGUUCGACCUCCGUCAGUGCCACAGACAGAUGCAGCAGCAGGCUGCGACAGCUCAAGCAGCAGCUGCUGCCCAAGCAGCCGCUGUGGCUGGAAACAUACCUGGACCUGGAUCAGUUGGAGGAAUAGCUCCAGCCAUUAGUCUUUCAGCAGCAGCUGGUAUCGGGGUGGACGACCUCCGGAGGCUGUGUAUUCUCAGGAUGAGUUUUGUUAAGGGCUGGGGGCCCGACUACCCCCGCCAGAGCAUCAAGGAGACCCCCUGCUGGAUCGAGAUCCACCUGCACAGAGCUCUACAGUUACUGGAUGAGGUUCUGCACACUAUGCCUAUAGCAGACCCACAACCUCUGGACUGAGAUCUUUACAGCUGUAGCAUAAGGCUGCAACACAAAUGGGCAAUGGAAAGUCUUCCUCAGUGAACUGUUUUGGGUGGAGAAGCAAGUGAAACAACUGUGGCACUGAAGCUUUCUCACAUGAAAAAUACUUGUAGGUGUGUUUGAGGCACCUUUGUGCACUGUGGCCCCUACUUUUGCUUCUGCAAGCAAGAGUGACACUACAAAACUAGCUGAAGCCAUAUAUUAAAGAUAUGUUUAUCUUUAUUUUUGAUAGAUGGCUUCAAUUUGUGAUGACUGGAAUGAUGAACUGUAGGACUCGAAAAGGACAUCACAGAUAACUACAGUUACAAAGCACCACAACAUGCGCAUAGAUAACCUGCAGAUCCCAUAUAACUGGAAUGUACAGCGAUGACUUCACACGAGUCCACAACCACCAACUACUGAUGGACAUUAGAUUCACUGAACAAUGAACAAACAUCUGAGAGCUGUAAAGCUGCAGGGUGCGAUGACUCUUACAUCCCCUGUCUGCUGGUUUCUGUUGUGAGUUUCCUUUUAAGCUGUUACAGACAGCUUUACACCUGGGAUGUCAAGCAAGUUCAGUCAACUGUCAGGUUGAAUAGAAAAGCAGCAGCAUCUACAGGAUCACCUCUCCACAUCAUGCUGAUCGCUGCCUGUCAGAUACUGGACAGUGUUGAGGACCACCCAGCUUGAUCAGGUCAUACUAGACAUUCACAGCCAUCCGCGCAAAUCACAGAAUGAAAUGAUAAACCCUACGCCUAACGCCGACUCUUAGCCUCUGAACUUAGACAACGUCAAGUCUAUGAACUCUUCUAGGUCAGGUUUUGUCAAAGUAUGGGUUUGGACCUCAAAGGAUUAGUUUGGAUUUCUUGAAGUGGGGUUGUAUGAAGUGCUCAUCCAUAGCCAGUGUGUUACCUACAUUAGAUGGCGGUUGCCACGUCCCCAGUUUUUAGAAGCAGACAGGAGUACCGACACCGAAGCGAAGCAGUUGACUGGAGGAAAACAUAUUAGCUACCUAAAAAAAAAUGUGUCCGUUUAACAAUACACUAUAGUCACAACAUUUUCACAGCUUUGGAUGGUCUUUUCCAGCAGGGAACUCAAGCCAAUAUAUUUAUCUAUGUCCUCUUUAAUUCCACCAAACUCCAUUCGCAGAAACCGUAAUUUUACCUCACAGAACACAGGAGUUGCUGGUCUACUUCUGCCUUGACCGCUAAACUGGUUUGUAUUAUUGUGUGUGACUUGAAGAGAGUAAAGAUAACUGCUUCAGUCCCCCCCCCCCCCCCCCCCAUGUAAACUUAAGCAGGGCUGCCUGACAGCAAGGUAAAGCGCUGAAAAUGCCCUAAAAUCGCUUACACCUGAACUGAUAUUAACUGCUGUUGGCUUGUCAAUAGUAGUACUUUGCUUAGCUUUUGUGGUUUUACUUCUGUCGCUUCUCCAAACUGCAGCCAUGCUGGCUGCAAUUUACUGUAGGUAACACACUGACUAUGGAUAAGUACGUACUACAGCCACACCUAAAUAAAUCCAAAUUAACCCUUCAAAAUCUGGUUGUGGGACUUGUGGGUGUCCAAUUUUUUUAUCCCCUUCUCAAUUCAAAGAUUUUGGAGUAAAGAAAGAUCCCUCAGUUGAGGUUUUGGACCAGACAAUAAUGUCAUACAAUGGCAUCAUGACAUACAAAGUUAAAUUGCCCAUUGAUGUUACAAUAUAUCUAUUUAUAGUGACUUACUGUGAUUAUAUCAAAUCCCCAGCCACUCAGAUGCUCAAUGAAGGGCUCAUUUAUCUUUUAAUUGGUCACUUUCCACCAUGGUGGCUUCCCACCUGAUUCAGGUAUAGUUGCUGUUUUGGAAAAUGCCCUCUUUUAUGCUGCCUCAAAGGAUGAAUCUCAUACACCUGCAAACUCCUCGCCUUUUCUCACUUUUAUGCUGAGAGCAGAAAAAAGAGAAAGAGGUGGACAGUUGUUCUUUGAUGUCUGUCAAGGAACAGGGCUUAUCAGUGUUUUGGCAAACCAAAGUACUAAUUAGUCAGCUACUGGAUUUCCCCAUUAUGUUAAUUUUAAAGAUUGUUAUGUUUGCAUUCAUUUCAAUCGAUUUUUAUCUCCAAACAUACCCAACAGGCUCUUCCCACUAGGUGAGAAUCAUGAUACUUAAAUAUGUUAUGACUUGCAGCCCACUUAUAUACUACUUGAUCCAGGUCUCUUGUGUAUAGUUUACUGACAAAUAUACAAGAAUUUAAGACAGUUUCCCAGCAAUAUUGAUAUAUUUUUCUUGGUUUUAUUUUUGUUACUUUUAUUAAUUGAUUUGUAUUAUAUUAUAGCACUUUACUUUUUUCUCGUUUUUAAUUCAAUAACCCUAAUUUUGGGGUGGUUUUCCUGCGAUAUUGAAAAGGGAGUGAACAGGUUGGUUGAUAUUUUAUGUAGGAUUGUAAGCGGAGGCAACUGUGUGAUGCAUUUGUAUUGAAAACAUAUGUAACACUAAGACAUCUGUUUCUGCCCUUUCACUCUAUAUAGGCAUUCACACAAAUCUGUAGGGUUUCUUUUGGCUGUUCUGAGUUGAAGUAUUUUUCUGUUUUGAUUUGCAGUUUUUCUUUCCUUUUUAAUCCAUGUAAAUAACUUUGUUUUUGAAAAGCAUGUCAAUGUUUGCAUGAAUUUUAAUGGCAAAUAGACCACUUUAUCCCCACCCGCUUUAAAAUGAUUACUUCACUUGUCCUGCAUUACAUUAGGAAAACGGGCUAUCUGAGGAGACUAGAAACCACAACCUGCUGUAUACUGGUGUGGUACGUUGCUGGUUUACGAGGACUGCAUUAAAGGCAAACAGAGCAUAGUUUUAACUGAUGUAAAUUACUCAACUUAAUUAUAAACUAGGGCCAGGCGAUAUGACCUAGAAAGAAAAUCUCAAUUUAAAAAAAAAUAAAUAAAAAAAAUUGCAGAAGACAAGGGAAAUCUUCAAAUAGUUUUUUUUUUUUUAACAAAAAUGAUUAACAAACGCAAACGAUUUUCCCUUUGCGAUAAAGUGCAAACCAAACGAUCACCAAACUUCACUUUUUAAAAAAAAAAAUAGAUAAAAAGGGGUCUCUUGAAAAUAAUGUAUCCCCACAGAAGAAACACGUUUGUAAACAAAAGCAGACUUCCUUUGAAAGUAACACUGGUACAUGCAUAUUUUCUCUCACAGGUGUUGAAACAGGUGAAGCUCAAUGGACGCUCAAAUAAUUAGCUUCAAAAAACAAGUCCCCUCCCCUCCUCUCCCCCUCAGCUGCAUGUGAUGCUUUGUUUUUAAAGGCAUUUAUCAAUCACACACAUCGAUUACGAAUACACAUCUUACUUUCUUACCUCAUGUUAGGACUCUUUUCAUGCUUGUUUUUCCACACAGGACUGCCAUACAGUAUAUUCUUUGUGAUAAUCUGUGUUUGACAUUCUAAAAAAUGAAUUUGUGUUUAUGUCCAUAAACAGGUGUUUGUUUGCUUUUUACAAUGCGGUCUUGGUGGGUUACAGAUUAAGUGGAAAAAUUGGAAUUUGGCAAAAUUUGGGGUGUUUUUGUCACAGGAAAUUAUCCAUUUUGUUCUCCAAUUGAUUAAGCAGUUGGUUGCUUUCCUUCCCCGUCUGUCCCAUCUUUAAUUAUUUCACUAUCAUUUCAGAAACAAUUUUUUAAAAGUUUAUCCUACAUCAGGGAUUAAGAGUCAAACUUAUUCACAUAAUUAUGCAUCCGAUUGAUCGAAUGGCAGGAAACAGGAUAUUUUAUGAUUUAUGUUACUGAAAGAACUGAACUGAAUUCUGUCUGAAGAAAUAAUCUGUUAUGUUCUGUUGUGCUUAAAGGUGGACAGAUGUUUUUAUAUUACUUGCAGUUAUUAUAGGAGCCUGAAGACACAGCUCAGAUGAGUUGCUGUUGACUACUAUGACAGAUUGCAGAUAUAAAUUUUACCUGUAUUUCUUAUGUGAGAGUCUUUAAUUAAACAUGGCCUGAUAUUCUCAAAA